AUGGAGGGCCACCUGAGGCAGCUCAACCUGGUCAGGGGGCCCGAGGGGGCCGGGGACAGCCAGGCCCUGGCUAAGCUGCAGGAGCUGGCCCUGAUGUGGUUCACAGAGACGCAGGCCCCCCUCAUUCUGCAGAAUGGAGCCCUGCCCCCCUGGUUUCACGGAUUCAUCACCCGCAAGCAGACAGAGCAGCUGCUCAGGGACAAAGCUCUUGGCUCCUUCUUCAUCCGCCUCAGCGACCGGGCCACCGGCUACAUCUUGUCCUACAGGGGCAGCGACCGCUGCUGGCAUUUUGCCAUCAACCAGCUCCAAAACCGGCGCUACCUCAUCUCAGGGGACACCCAGAGCCACGGCACCCUGGCCGAGCUCGUGCGCCAUUACCAGGAGGUGCAGUUUGAGCCCUUCGGGGAGACCCUGGCUGCUGCCUGCCCCCGGGUAGAGAACAGUGAUCUAUAUGACGCCAUCACCCUGGGCCUCCAUCAGACCAAUCUGGACCUGGAAAACCCACCUGCUGCAGUGUCCCCCACGGUGGUCCCAGACAAGGAUGCCAGCCCCUGCCCCUCUCCAAAGCCCCAGGUCUCCUUCCUCUACAAAAAGAAGAGCCUGGAUGCAAGUCCCUGGAACCUCCCCAAGGAAGAAAGCAUGGAGGCCCCCGUCAAGGUGCCUCCCCUCCCGGAGAGGAGUGCUUCCCUUCUGGACAAGUCUUUUGGAGGCCCCAACAACAUCAUCUAUGCAGACCUGAGGAAGAUGAACCAGGCACGGCUAGACCGGGGCACAGAUGUGUCUGGCAGGCAGGAGCCAGUUCCAGCCAGCAGCCGGGCCUUCUCCCCAAGCAAGGAGGCCCUGAGGAGACUCUCAGAUGGAAGCCAGAACAAGCCUGAUGGCCCGGGACCUGCCCUCUCUGGGGUGAGCCCAGACCAGGGCCCUGGAGUGUCUCCCACUUCUUGGGGCCUUCUCCUGCCCCCAAGUUCUGAGGCUCUAGGAUCCUCAGCUGCUACCUGGGGUCAGGGGUCUCCAAAACUGAGCCGUUCUGCAGACAGCUAUGAGCUCAUCCGGGCAGAAGGCCUCCUAGAGGAGGCCAGGGAUGUGCCAGACCAAGAAGGCAGCAGUACCUACGAGCAGAUAGUCUGCUGGGGUGGCCCAGCCAGGUCCCCCUAUCCUGGAGCAAGUCCCACAUAUAGCAAGCUUUCAGGGUCCACAGACUGUGGCUAUGAGAGGAUACUGGGGGCCCUGGAGCUCCCAGAGCCCAGGAACACCUAUGAACAAAUCCCGGCAGCCAGGAGCAAGGAGACUGGACAGACACAUAAGCCUGACAAGCUCCGGAGGCUCUUCUUCACAGACAAGAAGCACAAAUCCUGA